AUGCCCCAUCGCGCCCUGCCCUUGGCUACUCCCUUACUCGACUUACCUUCUGUCUUCGACAUAUCUCCCAUCUCCACGCCCGGCGACGCCCCACCUAAUCUACACGUCAAACGUACUCACUCGCUAUUGGAAAACCACCCCUCCUUUGUCGCCGCCCUCCAUCGCAAUCAACACCUGCUCACUCAUGUCCUAAUACCACUCGAUCGCUCACGCUCACUGCCGCCUGGACAAUCUGGGCUCGGGAAUACCCUGUUGUCCCGCCGCUCUGCAUGCGUCAAACGAACUGCUUUACAUCUUACCGAUUCUGUCGAUUGUGCCCCCCUGCUCGACUCACCUACUACCUUGGUCGGAUCUCAUCUUCACUCUAGAACCCAUGACAAUGCCCAACUUCCCCAUGCGACUAAGAUGCAGAUGGCGGAUUACCUUAGGAAAUUCGAACAUCUUUUCAUGGUCACCCCUCAACGGUUUGUUUUCUACCCUGCUAUCCGUUUCUAUCAGCCUAUCUGUUCCACGUGA